AUGGGAUACAAAAUCCGAGUUCUUAUAUACGACUUCCUCAGCGUCACAAAAGAUCCUAACUCAGCCAAGCGCAUUAAUUCUACAACCGAUGAACACUAUAUCAGUGCUCCAUAUUUUGACGAGACCCAAGCUGCGAUAGUCAAGGCUGCAGCUAUAGAUGUUGAACUCGGGAGAUACACUGAAACCGCCGAUGAUCAGGAUCUCGAAACCCUGGUAUUACAGCAAGGUAAAAACUUUGAGGACGCUGUUCGUGCUCUUCUAAAUAGUUUCAUCGACAAAAGACGUGCAAGCGGCGAUGCUCGGCCGUGUGGACCUCAUCAUUUGGCGCCCAUGUAUGCCAAUCUCUUUGGUAUUGACAUGGAGGAUUUGAAGGAUGCCAAGUUCCUUGGUCGACUGAGGAGAUCUGGACUAUGA